GGAGAAUAUGUAUGCGUCGUGGAACGGUGCUGCGGUGCUGGAGGGCGGGGCAGGGGCCGGGGGAUCAGAGGGGCAUGGCGGGCGGCAGCAGCAGCAGGGGCAGCAGGGGCAGGGAGCAGGGGGGAAUCGCGCCACCGCAUCUGCUGCAGCAGCGGAGGAGCGAGAUGGGGAGGGUGGAAGGCACGGGGAUAGUGACAGCGACACUGGCAGGAGACAGCACCGAGGGGCAGCAGCAGCCGCAGGUGCUGCUGCUGGCAGUGGGGGUGGGGCAGGGGGAGGGGGCUCCAUGCCCCCCUCUAGGUCCCCCCCUGCGACUGAGUCUGGUAGGCGCCCCUCCUCUCUGCGCGUGGGCGAGCCAGCCGGCUUUGAGGAGGACGGGGCAGCGCAGAGAAAGCCACUCACUCCCAGCAGCGGCGGUGGUAGUGGGGGCAGCAGGGAUGGAGCGGGGGCGGGGGGUAGUGGGGGAGGGCGGCCCAGGAGCCCUCUCAGGGGGGGGAGUGGGCAUGAGGAGGGGAGGGGAGGGGGGGGCAGCGGGAGGAUGACGCCCAAGGGCGCGCGGGAGAGGAAAUCGGUCAAGUUUGCGCUGCCGUCGGAUGGGGAGGGGGAGAAGAAGGAGCGGGAGGGGGAAAGCGGAGGGGAGGAGAAGAAGGGAGCAGGAGGCGGAGGGAAGGAGGAGGAGAAAAAGGUGGGAGGACAGGUGCCGGUAUCGCCUAGUAACAGACGAGGAGCAGCAGGCAGUGCUGGUUCCAGUGCUAGCAGCAGUGGCAGCAGUGGCAGUGGCAGUGGCAAUGCUAGUGGCAGCGGUAGUGCGGCGGGUGCGAGUGCGAGUUCCCCGUCCCCGUCGCCUGAGCAGGUGUCGGAGGAGGACUUAAAGCUCAUUCGGCCUGACUGGAGGGAGGACGCCGCGAGGGGCGGGUGUGUGGCAUGCGGCCAGCUGCAGUGCGACUGCAAGACCAACCCCAACAACCGCACUGAUGAUGCCGCUGCUGCUGCCGCUGCUGGGAAGAAAGCAGCAGAGGAGAAGAAAGCUAGCAGUGGUGCUGCUGGUGGUGCGGGUGGGGAGGGGAAGGAGGGGGAGAAGGAGGAGGGGGAGAAGAAGGAGGGGGGUAAGAAGGAGGAGAGUGAGGAUGAGAAGGCGUCGCCCGCUUCGGCUAAGGAGCUGAUGGGGGAUGAGCCCAUGGCGCCCCUGGGGACCAUGAAGUGGAAGCGGGGCGAGCUGCUGGGCGAAGGGGCUUAUGGCAAGGUCUUCCUGGGUCUGAACGAGAUGACGGGCGAGCUGAUGGCGGUGAAGCAAAUCAAGAUGACGUCAGCGGGCGACGAGAAGGCGAUGCACAUAGCGGCGCUGGAGCAGGAGAUCGUGCUGUACCGCAAGAUGCGGCACCGCCACAUCGUGGCGUACAUCGACAUGGAGAAGGAUGAGUCUGAUGGAUCCCUCUACAUCUUCCUCGAGUUCAUCUCUGGAGGCUCCAUUCACAGCAUGUUGGACAAGUUUGGCAAGUUCAGUGAGUCACUGGUGCGCGUGUACACUCGCCAGUUGCUGCUGGGGCUGGAGUACCUGCACGGCUGCAAGAUCAUCCAUCGCGACAUCAAGGGUGGCAACGUGCUCGUUGACAGAGACGGGGUCAUCAAGCUUGCUGAUUUCGGUGCCUCCAAGGCGUUUCACGAGGGCACGGUGGGCGAGGGGUGCAAGUCCAUCCGCGGGUCGGUGUUCUGGAUGGCUCCGGAGGUGAUCAAGGGCGAGGGGUACGGCCGCCGCGCCGACAUCUGGAGCCUGGGCUGCACCGUCAUCGAGAUGCUCACGGGCAGCCACCCGUGGCCCAACAUGGACAACACGUGGUCGGCCAUCUUCCACAUCGCCAAGACCACCACGGGGCCACCCAUCCCCGAGGAGUGCAGCGAGGAGGGCAAGGACUUCCUGGCCGCCUGCUUCCAGCUUGACCCCACCGAACGACCCUCAGCUACCGAGUUGCUGCAGCACCCCUUUGUGCAAGUGCCCGACACUCCAAGGGAAGCCCGCGGGGGAUUCUGAUAGGCCCAGCCCGCGUCCGCCCAGCCCGCGUCCGCCCUGCCCUCGCCCGCCCAGCCCUCGUCCUUCCAGCCACCUCUCAGCCUCCGUUCGCUGUGUGAAACAAAACCUCCGUUUUCGAGACGUCCCAAGAGACUUAACAUACCUCACGACAUGCCGUUUGUAGCUCAGAUCAGCACUGCGCAGCACCCCACGGCACCUCACCCGCACAACAGCACACAACACUGCACAGCAGGACAGCACAGCACAGCUCAAUUUCCACUGCCUUGCCUCUGCAAGCAUCCCUCUCUCUCUCAUCCUUUUCUACUCAUCUCCAUCUGCUCUUUCCUGUCACCUUCCCAGCUUGUUUUUAGCCUCUAGGUUGAGGUUAUUUGGCUGAGCUUGCUUUGCUCCAUGCCUCCCUUGCCUCCGUGCCGAGCCUGCCUUACAUGCCGAGCCUACCUUGCCGAGUCUCGUUAGCAAUGCCUUGUGUUCCUUGCUUGGUUCUCCAGUUUUCCCCCGAACCUGUUUUUCCGCUUGUUCCUGACCACUUGCGUGCCGCCUUGCCUGAUCCUAUAUGUGCCAAACUAAGCCCCUCGUGCGGUUACCAUCCAAGUCCUAUGUAGCUUAUCCGUAUGUUCCAUAUGUCCUAUGCGUAUUCUGCUCAUUUUUGCCGACUUGUCAAUGAUAUUUAUCGUGUAUACUUGUUACAUUUGAUCCAUUGAUCUUACUACUCGUGAUAAUUUGUGGCAAGAAAUGUAGUGUUUUCAC